ACAAUACCUAGCACACGCCCUGUGGAGAAGAUUUUCAUUUCCAAACGGAGCUUCGAAGUUCACAAACUGGGAAUGAUGGUUUCCAGUUCUGUUCUGUUGGUGGUUUUCUCUAUGACUUUCUUCUCCUGUGUAAGCAGCUGUGAUUACAGCUGUCCAGAUAAACCAGUUCUAACUCCAUCCAGACUGGUGGUGAAGCACGGUGAUCCAACCUCCGCCAUAUGUGUAGCCUGCCAGAAAGACUGUUUUCCCCUGGAGGAAAGUGUUAUUGAUAUGGAAAUAUCUCGGGGAAAGACCACUAGAAAUGGAACCACAUUGACCUGGAAAGUGGACCAUCUAAGAGAGUGGGAAUUAACUCCAAAGUGCUUCUAUACGGAUAAAAAUGAUAAGCAAUGUUGUACCAACCUGAUUGUUACCGUCUACCAACCCCCAGAAGCUGUGUUAAUCAGCUCACUUGGUCCCAAUGGGCCGGUUUUAGACUGUGGCCAGUCCAUCACCCUGCAGUGUUCUGUACAUAAAGUAGCUCCUGCUAGAGACCUCAUUGUGAACUUCUACAGAGGACAGACACAACUGGGUCACAUGAAAUCCAAACGUAUCGUAAAAGAACCAGUCAAUGAGACAUUUACUUUUAGCUACAAGACCAGUAAAGAUUAUGAUAAAGCAAGGUUCUGGUGUGAGGCUGUGCUUGAUCUGGAACCUGGAACAACACAGCCCUUUCUAGUGGUGAAAUCAGGAAACCUCACUGCCACAGUUCACUGUAAGCCUGAAGAUUACAGCUGUUCAGAUAAACCAGUUCUAACUCCAUCUAGACUGGUGGUGAACUACGGUGAUCCAACCUCCGCCAUAUGUGUAGCCUGCCAGAAGGACUGUUUUCCCCUGGAGGAAAGCGUUAUUGAUAUGGAAAUAUCUCGAGGAAAGACCACUAGAAAUGGAACCACAGUGACCUGGAAAGUGGACCAUCUAAGAGAGUGGGAAUUAACUCCAAAGUGCUUUUAUACUGACGAUAAAGAUAAUCAGUGUUGCAGCAACCUGAUUAUUACUGUCUACAAACCUCCAGAACAUGUGAUCAUGCACUUAAAUGAAACUGGACCUCUGACUGAGGGUACUGAGUACACCCUGGAGUGUUUUGUACAGGGCGUAGCUCCUGCUGGAAACCUCAUUGUGGCCUUCUACAGAGGACAGACACAACUGGGUCACAUUAAAUCCACCAGUACCACAAAGGUACCAGUGAGUGAGACAUUUAGUUUGAGCUACAACACCAGUAAAGAAGACAAUGGAGCCCAUUUCUGGUGUGAAGCAAAGCUGGAACUGGGAGCUGAGGGACCAAAGCCACCUCCAGUAGUGAAAUCAAAUGAUCUCAUUGUCACAGUUCACUAUGGACCUGAGCUGAAAGUUCCAGCUGAUCCAGCUCCAAUCAACAUCAUUAGUGGAAAAACUCUCCAAUUGAACUGCUCGGCCGAGGGGAACCCUGACCCCUUGUACAACUGGACCCUGCCGCCCAACAAAGGCCACCACACUGAGAAAACUUUGACAGUUGAAUCAGUUGAUUUUAAGGAUGGAGGACAGUACGUCUGUACUGUCAGCAACAAGGUGUCAACUGUCAGCGUUAGAUUCAACGUAACGGUCCGAAAAAACAUCCUGCCCUACAUUAUAGCUGCCAUCAUUGCUGCUGUGGCUCUGUUUUUUAUUGGUGCAGCAGUGUUCUACACCUUUUACUACAAGCAGAACCAAAUGGGAACAUCCUCUCAAGCUCAGUCCGAUUACAGCUGUUCAGAUAAACCAGUUCUAACUCCAUCUAGACUGGUGGUGAAGUACGGUGAUCCAACCUCCGCCAUAUGUGUAGCCUGCCAGAAGGACUGUUUUCCCCUGGAGGAAAGCGUUAUUGAUAUGGAAAUAUCUCGAGGAAAGACCACUAGAAAUGGAACCACAGUGACCUGGAAAGUGGACCAUCUAAGAGAGUGGGAAUUAACUCCAAAGUGCUUUUAUACUGACAAUAAAGAUAAUCAGUGUUGCAGCAACCUGAUUAUUACUGUCUACAAACCUCCAGAACAUGUGAUCAUGCACUUAAAUGAAGGUGGACCUCUGACUGAGGGUACUGAGUACACCCUGGAGUGUUCUGUACAGGGCGUAGCUCCUGCUAGAAACCUCAUUGUGGCCUUCUACAGAGGACAGACACAACUGGGUCACAUUAAAUCCAACAGUACCACAAAGGUACCAGUGAGUGAGACAUUUAGUUUGAGCUACAACACCAGUAAAGAAGACAAUGGAGCCCAUUUCUGGUGUGAAGCAAAGCUGGAACUGGGAGCUGAGGGACCAAAGCCACCUCCAGUAGUGAAAUCAAAGGAUCUCAUUGUCACAGUUCACUAUGGACCUGAGCUGAAAGUUCCAGCUGAUCCAGCUCCAAUCAACAUCAUUAGUGGAAAAACUCUCCAAUUGAACUGCUCGGCCGAGGGGAACCCUGACCCCUUGUACAACUGGACCCUGCCGUCCAACAAAGGCCACCACACUGAGAAAACUUUGACAGUUGAAUCAGUUGAUUUUCAGGAUGGAGGACAGUACGUCUGUACUGUCAGCAACAAGGUGUCAACUGUCAGCGUUAGAUUCAACGUAACGGUCCGAAAAAACAUCCUGCCCUACAUUAUAGCUGCCAUCAUUGCUGCUGUGGCUCUGUUUUUUAGUGGUGCAACAGUGUUCUACACCUUUUACUACAAACAGAACAAAAUGGGAAAGUACCGACUAAAGGACGUUUUCCGUCUGGGCACAGUGGAUCACACAACAGUUCCUUUAAGUUUGUAAAAAAAAAAAAUCCCUGGAUGAACAAUCUGAGGCUGAAGCUUUAAAGACGCUUAGCUUCAGUGCCUCUGAUCUGAGUCAGGUCAGUGUUGAUGAAGGUUCUCCUAUUUCCAAACAAGGACAUAAAUGUUACUUACUAUAUGGAAAUGUUCAUUUCCUCAAAGAUGGUUUCAGUGUUGAGAGAAAAUUACAAGAGCUCUUUGUAUUUGAAAUCCAGUGGUAACUUGUUUCACACUGAGGCUGCAAUGGACUAUAAUUGUUUACUCUUAAUUAUUUGUACUAGGAUGAAUUUCUUUAUGGUUAAGGUAAAGGGACAAAUGGUGUCAAAAUCUUUGCUAAGCUAAACUGUAUUUUAAUGUGAUUGAACUCUUUUAUGCAUAUCUUUCUGUUUUGGUUGUUAGAAAGUAAAACAACUGCAGAAUUCUGAUUGAAAAUGUUCCCAUUAAGAAUAGGUUUUUAAAUGCGACCACCCUGAAAGCACUACAAGACUGGUGAUACUCUUUGAUUAAAUCAGCUGGCAAAAUGCCAUGGAGCAAACCUGCAUUUUUAUUUCUGGGUAUGUUAAACUCUAUGAUGGUCAGAAAGCAACAUUAGAAGUGACUAAAUGUAUUAGGCAGGGAUUUAUUCCCCUGUCUCUGUUGAACAUCUGCAUUCUCACGUCUUGUCUGUAUCAAAGUGUAGUGCAAUAACAACAUAAAAUAUGUAAAGUUCAGAGGUUGGGGUAUGAGUCUUUAGUUUAUACUGUUAUGUUUACAGCAAAAUGUUUUACUAAAAUUUAAAGCAAGGAGAAAGGCAAUAACAGGUGCCUACAGAGACAUAAAUAAGUCUGUACAGCAGCUUGAACUGCCCGCUGACACACACACCUACAAAAACACAGCAGUCACCACACUCUGACCUUUUGGGAAAAUGUUGCAACUCUUUCAUUCAUAAAGAAGCUAAAGUUUGUCCUAAAUAUUUUUCAGGUUACAUCUAUGUUCACUCCAAAAUUAUUUAUGCUGGGAAGAACUCGGCCACGUUGAAAUCUGUUAUAUAAUCAAGAAUUGUUAAAAGUUCACCACGUAGGUUAACACCGCUCCUAAACUCUCUUUCUAUGAAUAAAGGAAAUUUAGUAUUCUACUGAAUAUUUUGAGCAAUUUAUGACGCCGAUGCGAUUGUUUAAAUGUUUUUCAUAGUUUAAUUAAGAAAUAUGGAAGUUUUUAAAUGAAACAUUAUUUGACAUGUAAGAAAUUUGAGAGAAUGUGAAAAGGAGAGGACUUAUUGGAUGAAGACAAACGUAUGUAUAUGAGUACUAAAGGUUAUCUUUAACUGUUCAUUUAACCAAUUUUCUGAUUCUUUCUGAGUUAUCUGUAAAUUGAAACAUAUGAAUUUUGUUUUUGUUAUAAAACAGAUGUAUGGUAACAUUUAACUAAUUGUAUUGAGAGGUGUUGGUAAUGUAGGUUUUUAACUUUUGAGUUAAAGCAUAGGCAAACUUGCUUUUGGAGCUUUUGACAGCUUUACUUUGUUUCCUUGUGGACGUGGUCAGAGAUGUCCCUUAAAAUGUGUAAAAUUAAGUGUAAACAGUUGUCUGUGUGAGAAGUUUGGUAUUUUUCCACAUCUUGGUAUUUUUUCCCAUGUUUUCUGUAGUGUUUGUAUUGGUAAAUAUUGUUUCCCUCUUUGUUGUUUGUGUGGUAAACCUUAUAAAAUCACUGACUGUCUAUAUUUAUAAAUGUUUGUGAAGACAAUGACCAGAACAUGCAAAUGUUUGAAAAGAUUGAACAUUAUGAAUUAAAGAUACAAAAUCUUUUUAAUGAAUUUUGAAAUUGUAAAUAAAUGCCAUUUUCUUUUAAAAAAAA